AUGGCUCCUAAGAAGACUAACCCAAAAAACAACACUAAAUCUAAGGAGGAAAAGAGAUUAGAAUAAUACAUAAAUCAUCCUGCAAAUAUCUCUGCCCAAGAAAAUAAUCAUCAAGAAUAAUAAAACAAAUAAAACAACAAAAAGGGCAACAAAAACUCUAAGGGUCCUGAACCUCCUAAAAAUGAAUCCGAAAACGAGAUCGCCAAGCUUUUAAAAGAAGUAGACAUUGAAAAGCCUCUCCCUGAUUUUACCCCUCUCGACGAGACUGUAAAAAUGUUGAAAAAUACUUUAGAAGAAACUGACUUGUUGAUUGCUAACAUUGCUUCCAAUAACACUGAAGCUUUGGGAUAACCUCCUGUCGAACAAGAAGAAGAAUCCAGCUUCAAGAAUGCUCAACUUACUCCUGAUAUAAUUUAAAAAAGAGACUAAAUUAUUAAGGAUGUUAAAAAAACAAUUGAAAUAUACGAUGACAAGAAACAAAGACUUGAUGAUUUAUUAAAAUAGGAAAACAUGAGCGAUGUUAAAGAAUAACUAAUUACCCUCAGCCAAAAUUUAGAGCUUGAUAAAAAGUAUAAGGAAUAAAUCUUAGCUCUCUUCUGA